AUGUCUGCCGACGAAACUCAUGUUACAACAACUGAACCAAAUGCUGUUGAAGAACCACUGGAUCUGGUUCGUUUAUCACUUGAUGAACGAAUAUAUGUAAAACUACGUGGAGAUCGAGAAUUACGGGGAAAGCUUCAUGCAUAUGAUGGUCACUUAAAUAUGAUAUUGGGGGACGUGGAAGAAACUAUAACAGUUGUAGAGAUUAAUGAAGAGACUUACGAAGAAGUUAUUCGUACAGUAAAAAGAACUUCGGAAAUGAUAUUUGUACGUGGCGAUGGG